AUGGCCCUCAGUAUCCGGCAGAAGAGGGUGCGAAGAAUCUCCGGAGACCCAGUCGAUGGGGUUGUGGUGCAAGGCCCUGUGGAUGGUCUGGCUACUGGCACCCCACUCUAUAGUGUGGCGGUGCAAGGCACUAUAGAUGGAAGGACUACUUGUAGACCAAGGGGUUGGAGGUUUGGUACCUGGAAUGUAGGCACGUUGACAGGAAGAAGUUUGGAAGUGGUGGAGGAGCUGCAGAGGAGAAUGGUUGACGUGGCUGCAUUACAGGAGGUCAGAUGGAAGGGUGAGGGUACAAGGUUUGUGGGGGCUAAAGGUGGAAGAUAUAAGUUGUGGUGGAAGGGGGAUGAUGGUACGGGAGGAGUUGGUGUGAUGGUAAGAGAAGAGUUGUUGGAGCAGGUGUUGGAAGUGAGGCGGAGAAGCAAUGGGGUAAUUGUGGUGGUGAUGGUGUUUGGAAAAGUAAUAGUGAGGGUGAUAUCAGGAUAUGCUCCGCAACAAAGUAGGAAGGAAGAGGAGAAGGAUAGGUUUUAUGAUGAUGUUUCUGACGAGAUUGGGCAAGCGGGGUUGAAUGAGUUUGUGGUGUUGUUGGGUGAUUUGAAUGAUGGAGCUUUAGUCACAUUAACAUUAAAAACUAUAGCAUUAAUAGGAGCAAUAUUAGUGCCAUAUAACAUCAAUGGUAGUAACAACGUACUAAUGGUGUUAAUGAAAAAAUUUUCAGUAGGUGUGGUUAAAGAUAAAUUUAUAAAGGGUGAUAGGAGUAGGAAGGAUUGCAUGCUGCUCAUUGAAACCUGCAACAUUUAA